AUGACCGUCACACCCACAACUCUGCCCCCGAUGAUGAAGGCCGUUGUCCUGAAGGGACCUUUCGACGUCAAGGUUGAGGACCGCCCCACGCCGACUGUCCAAGAGGACACCGACGUCAUCAUCAAGGUCACCAUGGCAGGUCUCUGCGGCUCGGACCUGCACUGGUACCGCGGGCACCAGCCUAAGCCGUACGACUUCAUCGUCGGACACGAGACGAUCGGACGCAUCGUCGAGGUCGGGUCUGGAGUCACGAAGUGGAAAGUUGGGGACAUGGUUAUUGCACCAUUCUCUACCUCGUGCGGUGACUGCUUCUUCUGCAACAAGUUGUACCCGGCGCGCUGUGUUCAGGUGCAAAACUUUGGCAAUCCAGCUGUACCAGGUGGCCAGGCCGAAUACUUUAGGAUGCCUCUGGCCGAAACGAGUCUCUUUGAGGCCCCUGCCGACCUGCCUCAGGAGCUCCUCAUUCUCAUGACGGAUAUCCUGCCCACCGGGUAUUCAACAGCCAUGAACGCACGCCGUCUUCUCGACGAGGCCCGUCCCGACGACAAGACCGUUCCUCUUCGCAAGGAGGGCGUGUGUGUGGUUAUUGGCUGUGGUCCCGUCGGUCUCUGCGCCAUCACGUCAGCGUGCACGCUGUUCGAGACUGUCUUUGCGACUGACCUUACUCUGUCUCGCCUUGAGCUGGCCACCAAGCAUGGCGCGAUCGCUCUGCCUGCAGACCAGCUGGAGGCAGCGGUCCUUGAGGCUACGGAGGGACGGGGAGCGGAUGCAGUACUCGAGGUUGUCGGUCAUGAGAGUGCGCUCCUCCAAGCGAUGAAGCUCGCCCGGUAUUACGGCGUGGUGAGCAGCUGUGGUGUCCACACCCAUGACUUCAGCAUUCCAGGUGCCCAGCUCUACGGCAAGAACCUGCGCUUGCAGUUCGGUCGUUGUUCCGUCAAGACGUUCUUCCCGUACGCGCUCCAAGUGUUGCAGGAUAACCGGGAGUUGUUCAAGACGUUUGUGGAACACCGCAUCUCCUUUGACGAGACCGAGGAAUUUUAUAAGCUGUUCGAGCAGAACAAGGUCGCUAAGACUGUAUUUGUUGUUGAUUAG